AUGCCUGACAGUCAUGCUGAUGCACAUCACGAUGAGCCGACGGAAUCAUCGCCUCUGCUCCCAAAGACCGACAAGAAGAAACAAAGUGAACCCCAGAGUCAACCGCAACAAGGCAACAGCAGCAAAAAGACGGACACCACUCCCCCAGCUCAACCUCAACCACAACCACAAGCACCACCGCAACCACCACCACAACCGCAACCCACCGCCUCCAUCGGACCACCCAUGGAUGUUAAGCCCACUGGCCCGGAUGGCGCAUCAGGAGCAACAGCAGCUGCCCCCGCCCAAGCCUGGCCCGCGCCCGCCGGUCUCCCACCGCGCGACGACGACGAUGAAAGGCUCAUCAUCUUCCGCCGCGCAGUCGGUAUCAACUACCACCUCGCCGCGACCGACACUGUAACUAUGGAAGAAGGCCGACGUGAAGCUAUGGGCAUCUACCGGGCCGUUAUCAACGCCAAGAGAGCGAAGACGUGGCAAUUCCGCAGCCUGUGGUGUGUUGUCUUGGUCUGCCAUUUUGCGCAAAUCAUUAUUGGGGCUGCAUUGACUGCGCUGGGACCGCUUGCGAGUGAUCAUGGUAUUAUUAUUACGAUUUUGGGUGCGCUGAAUACAGUUAUUGCGGGCCUGUUGGCGCUUGUUAGUGGUCAAGGGCUACCCGAGAGAAUCCAAAAGGAUGAGAUUGGCUAUAGAAAGAUACAGGAUUGGAUUGAGGAGACGGAGUCGUUGUUGAGUGUUGGAAUUAUAGGCAGGAAUAGAAAAGAAGUUGGAUUGUUGGUGGAGGAGGCAUUUAAGAAGUAUAAUGCGGCCAAGUCGAAUGAGGAGAAUAAUAGGCCGAGUGCGUAUGUGAAUGCGCCGGAGGAGCCGUCGAGGGCUACUUUCGACGGGGGCAACCAGGCGUCUACACAGUCGAUACCGUGGAAAUGA